GAUGGGCACUGGGCACGGCUUGGGCACGGGAAGGGUGUGACUACCCGACCGGAAAUAAAUCCCUUCACGUUGCUUCGCCCACCAUUUUGGAUUCCAACUGUUGUUUUGUUGUUUAUAGAUUGCAUCAGAUUUUAGCGCGUAAAACACAGCGAUUUGUUUUCUCUUUAAGGUGAGUGGGGAAUUAACAACUAUUUUGAAGGAAUUUAGCAUAGAAAAACAUCGAAAUAGCACCCAGCCGUGUGGUGGCAAUCGCUUCGAAUUUCACUCUUGUAAAAGUACUACAACCUAGCUUGGCGUUCAGUGACACGUGUUAUUUCGCGUGUUUUGCUUCUAUUUGUGGGGAAUCUGUGUUGUUGUAAUCGUUCAUUUGACUUAGUACAAGAUCUACCAGUUAUAUAAUUUGUAAGAUUGUAGUAAAACACAUCUUAAUCGCGUAUAUUUGAGCGCGUUUAUUACUCGGCAAAGGUCCAAAUAUUUAUAAUGCAUAUCCUUCCAUUUCUCACUUGUUGUUACGGUACAAUGCUUUGUUGUUGAUGAGCCAACGUACGAUCGCAAAUAUUCGUGCAUCGUUUUGUAGCUUUAACAGAGAAAAGCAUUUCAAUAUUGCUGUUCUAAGUGGCAUAUGGAUAUGGGGAAUAGUAAUACACAAUGUUAUUGUUAUAUAUGUUUAUAACUUUAUAACAAGGGGCAUAGUACUGUUUGUGUUCAGUAUUUUGCACAAAAAUCUAGAUUGAUUGAGAGCAAUUAAAAUUAUACAAACAACCAAAAAAUGAAUAGGAUGUUCGUUUGUAAAAUCAUGCCUUCUGAAGUUUGGAAGUUUGCCUGGUUUCGACAAUUGGAUUAUAUAUAAUGCCAAGAAACCAUUAUACGUUGCUUUCCAUAUCACAGCUGAACAUUUCUGUUGAAUAGUUCAUAUUCCACAACAAAAUGGAGCUAUAAAAUACUCGCGUGCGAUCUCGCCUAUACUUUUGCAUUCCUUCUGUUAAUUUGAUACAUUUUGGAAUGUUCUUUUCGUCUUUCAACAUUAAACUACGAUCUCGCAUUAAUUUUGGCGACUUUUUAGAACGUUUUAGCAACAUUUUUGAAUGCGCUUUUGUGACACGUUUUUGCUACAUUGAAAGAACGUAUGGAACACUUUCGAACAUUAACAAUUCCUUCAAGUGAAACGACCAACAACGCAAUUAUUUAAUUCUUAAGCCGUGUUUGAAACUGUGCUUUAUCAAACGUAGGGCAGGUGUUGGAAACAUCUGUUCAUGCGGACUUUCAUUUGUUAUUAUAUUUGGCCAUGAGCUUAGUGCGCGUGCGCCAGAUCAUAAGCGGAAAUAGCGUGCACGACGCGUUCGAAGCAGAUCAAAGUCCGUAACUAGCAUCUUGUGUGAUGUUCUCUCUUCACGCGCUAUUCACAUGUACUUCGUGCACGCUGAUUGGUCGAGCGUUUAAAUUAUCGCUUCUGAUUGGCCAGACCUCCAUACCCGCCCACCGAAUGCAUGAUCUGAAAGAUGGCAAAACGUGAUCAAAACAAUGAUUCGUGUUAUUUUUGCUCGCCUUGUCAAAUUUUGUAUAUUUCGUCGUCUAAGCUCAUUGACAAUGGACGCUCUGCCUCUCUCUCCGCCUUCGACCCCUACUCCCUCAAAUCGGGAUAGCGAAGUAAGUAAAACGAACAUUUGAAGCAAAGUUUUGAUAAUUUCUGUCUAAUAGAGACGAAAUACUGUGUGUUCCACUGUCAGAUAUAGAAUUUUGUAUACCCUAAAAUGAACGAUGCGUGUUGCGUUUAUAUAUAUGUACUAACAAACGCUAUUUCCUCGCAACAGAAUGAAACUGUAACCGAACAAGAAGAAAGUAAAGUCCAAGCGAAAACCGAUAGAGAUAUUACUGCUGUUCAAUCGUUGCUAGCAAUGAGCCAGUGGUCACCUCCGAGUCCCGAGCAUUCCAUAUUGGCAACGAACGAUCCUCUAUUUUCCCUGCUAGAUCCGAUUCACCCGAAUAAUAUUCAACUUAGCCCUGACAAGGUACGAAUGCUUUUAUCCUUUAGUCGUAUUUUUCUGAUAAAUUGCCAAAUCUGAGUUUAUAAACACUGUAUAAAUCGCAUUAAUACGUUUAGAGGUAUGUUCCCCUCUAUAAAAUCUCGCUUCCGUUUCUUGCCCGUGUAAUUUACAAGAUAAAUAUGUAAAUUUAAAAAAAAAGUAUUCGCAUUUUUAUUACUUGGUUUCAGCUAUUUUGAAACUAUGAAACUUGAGUUCAUUAUCUAUAUUUUUAAUAAUAGGUUGAUAUAUCGACACCUCUCCUAAGUCAAAAUGUUAUGACGAAUCCAGUCGGUGUAUUCGGAUUGCCUACCCAAAGUUUGGUGGAUUUUAGCAAGCUUUUGGCAGGAAAUCGUCUGACUUUACCUAAUACUGGAAACCAAGGCCCUAUCAUGAUAAUAUGUCCCAUCGCAGUGCCAACAAGCAGCGCGAGUACCGCCACGCCGACGAUUUCAACAAACAUUGGGGAACGAAAUAUCGCACCUACAUUCGCUGAAAACAGCCCACAAAAAGCCCCGACAGAGAGUAAUGCGAACAGAAAACGAAACUAUGUGUGCACGUACGAAAACUGCGAGAAAACAUACUUCAAAAGUUCACAUUUGAAGGCCCAUCUUCGAACUCACACAGGUAAAUUAAUAUUCUGAAAUUGACAAUGUUCUCGAUCCUUAAUUCCUGAAAUUGACAAUGUUCAUUUUCGAAAUUAACAUUUUGUUACACACUCUUCUAGUUUGGAUUGAAAAACUAUUGAAUGCGUGAUAUAUUUUUCAUGGAAAAUAGCAUAUUUGAAGCGGCGACGGAUUAUAAAUGAUUGCGAGGCGAAGAUUUUCGCAUUCUUCAGACUUUCCCAUUGUCUGCUAUUAAUAAAUUUCAAUUUCAUAUUCUUUUAACACCGAAAUUUGCGGUAAACGGUUUAAACCUAUACAUACGACACCUCUUAUAUGUUUUCCAAGGUUUUUGUAAGGUUUUUCUUGUCUUUUUGCAAAUUUUUAGCUCGUUUUUUUACGAUUUUUCUUUUCAAGUCUCUAACUUUCACGCCUGACACACGCCCCUGUCGUUCCUUUUCACGUGUGCAUGUAGUGUUGAUAUCGUCACGCACCUUGACCUCCACAUUGAACCUUGUACUCUGUUAUAAAAGAGGUGUUUAUUUAUAAAAUUACUAUAGUAUUUAUAAUCCAUCCUACGCGCGUAAAACUACUUAAUUAAGUAAUUUUUCUUCCUGUUUGAAUCGAAAUCUGAUUCAGUAGGAACUGUUUUUGUUCCUAAUUGGCCUUGGCAUUGUCAAACGCGUGCCCUGGCGCAUUGAUUUUUUAUGUCAAAUUUGGAUUAAUAUUCUCACAUGCAAUCUUUGUCUUGUGAUUUACAUAACCUUCAUUAUGUAUUCAGUAUUGUUCCACAUAUUUUUUCGACAUAUCUAAUAAAUAACUCUUGAAGGUUCUUGAACUAUGCAGUUAAUAUGCCUAAAUUUAGUCCUAUUUUUGAGAAAAGUCUACUUGACCCAAGCAAGUGAUGCUCAUGUGAUGCGAAUUACGCGCAUACCCAACUUUGCUCUCCCAUCAUGUGACUUUAAAAUUUUAAAUAAGAUUAGCAAGUUUUUUCACGUUAGAAUUUAUUGAAAUGUUUUGAUGAAUCUUAUCCUUAUGAAUCUUAUCCUUAUGAAUCUUAUCCUUAUUUAGGUGAAAAACCCUUUGUUUGCAAUUGGGAGUCUUGCGAUCGAAAAUUUGCCAGAUCGGACGAGCUUACGCGUCAUCGAAGAACGCACACAGGUGAAAAGAAAUUUGAAUGUCCGUUGUGCCGAAGACGUUUCAUGCGAUCAGAUCAUCUGACAAAACAUGCACGACGUCAUCUUACGGCAAAAAAACUUCCUGGUUGGCAAGUCGAGAUGAACAAACUUAACCAAGUUGCGGCAGCUUCAAUGCAGUUGCCUAGCAACCUUCCUCGGAAUGACGAUUGCACAUUACAGCCAAUCUUGCCACCAGUGUGCCCACCGAUGUUUUCCAUUCCGUCUCCGACGUCAUCUUUGGAUAACAUAAUGAUGAACUCGUCCGAAUUAGGAGGACUUUCACCUUCAUCGUCUGUGCCUUUGAGUACUCUCUCGGCUACCGCUUAAUAUGAGAGACAUACAAAGGUGUUCUGAAAAGCAGUAUUUCCUUGUACUGUUCAUGUAGCUUGUAUUCUCCAAGCAUUUGUGCAUCAAGGUUCUAAUGUAUGGUCAAAUGCAGUGGCUUGUAGAAAAUGUCAAUUUGCUUAUAAAACUAUAGUUUGUAAACUGUUGACAGUUUUUAAAAAUGUGUAUUUAUAUUUUAAUACUGUUGCCUAAUGCUGGUUUUGGGUUUUGAACUUUUCAUGUACCAAAUUUAUGCAUGAGUCAAUUCAUGAGUGAUCUAGAUGAGUGUCAUCCCCUUGUGAACAAACUUGCGUAUUUGCAUUGGCGAUGGUCUUUAUGACUCACUCGUUGAAUUGACUCGGGCAUAACAAAUGCAUUGAUUUGUGUUUUGACACAUGAAAAGUUUGAUUUGUCCAAAACGGUUGAACUAUUUUAGAGUUAUUUAGUGGAGCGGUGAUAUUUGAAUAGAUUUAUUUUAAACGUAAGCUCAAAGCUGGUGUAUUGGAAUAUAUUUGUAGUGGUAUUUAGACUAAUAUUAUAUUGCAGUUAUGAGGUAUAUAUUGUAUAUCUAUAAAAGUUACUGAUACUGAGUCUUGUAUAGUAUAAUUAUAUAUUGAUGUUCAAAUAGUGAGUUGGUGAGACAUCUAUUACAUGUAAAGGGGCCCUCUACAAAUACAUUUCUUCCUGUGACUGGGGAGUUAUUUUGCAAUUGGUAAAGGGGUAGAAAAAAUUUGCAACCACACCCCUCCCCCUUCUAUUUCCCUCCAACCUCCCCCCGGCCAAUCUCGUACGAGAUUGCC